AGUUGCAGUUCUUUUCUGAAACAGGAAGGUGAAUGGGACCUCAAGAAGGUUUGGAUUAUUUGUACAUGAUUGUGUGACUGUAAAGUGCUCCAGUGCGUGUGGUCUUCAGUUUAAAAAUCUGGCUGUUCAGCGGAAUGCAUCUGCUGCUGUUCAUUUUAUUCUGCCUCAGUCUCUGUUCUUCUGUGCUGAGUGCAGCAGUAACACCUCCAUGUAGUUCUGUAUACAGGGGCUUUGCUGAAUGUCUGGUCACUCUGGGUGACAGUGUGAGCUCCAAGGCUGAUAACCCACAGGACAUCAACUCCAUUUGCAAGUCAUGGGAUGCUUUCCAGGUGUGCGUGAGUGGUGUCUUGUCAGGCUGCCGAGGUGAUGCAGCGGAAAUUUGGGAAUCUUUGAGAGCGGAGUCCAGGAAAACAGCAUUUGCUGGUAACAUCUACGACAUGUGUGCCAGUCGUACUGAAGCUGCGACUGCAACCACACCUCUGGUUCCCAACACUGAUCAAAGCAACCAGGAAACACUCAAAGGACUCGCUCAUUCUGUCAGCCACUCAGUCAGUAAAGAGCUGCUCCUGAUAUGCUUCUCGCUUCUCCUGCUGCUUUGGAUGUAACCUAUCCUUUUAACAUAGCUGAACUGAUGCCAGUGACAGUGCU